CUAGUCAUGCAUCGUGUGUGUUUUUUUAGAUAUUGUUGAACGAUAAAGUGAGUGGAACGCAUAAGCUAAUGUCGUUGGCUAGCCGCUGCUCGUCACUAGCUAACAUUUCGAGCUGUUCCGCGGAAAUGGUUGCUUCUCUGACGACUUGAAAGGACAGUUAAGUACACCACUUUGAUAAGAAAACAAAAAGGGAGCCAUGUCCCCUACUGGAGCAGUUUUUGUGUCACAUCGCCAAGACAGGAGAAACCAUGGUCCAGUGGUCUCAGUUUAAGAACUACUUUCUUUUUAAAUUGGAGAAAGUCAUGGAUGAUUUCAGAGCCUCGGCUCCUGAGCACAGAGGCCCUGCCAAUCCGAAUGUGGAGUCGGUUCCCUUCGAAGAUAUGAAAGAGAGAAUCUUGAAGAUUGUAAAAGGAUAUAAUGGAAUCCCCUUCACUAUCCAGCGCUUGUGUGAGUUACUCACAGAACCCAAGAGGAACUACACAGGAACAGAUAAAUUUCUUCGAGGUGUUGAGAAGAACGUAAUGGUGGUCAGCUGUGUUCACCCAACAUCAGAGAAAAAUGGCUGCAGUGCUGUGAAUAGAAUGAAUGGAGUUAUGCUUCCCGGGAACACAUCUACCUUUACAGAGAGGAAAGUGAAUGGACCAGGAACUCCACGGCCGCUCAACCGACCCAAGUUAUCACUAGCCAACAACUCCCUGGCAGCUAACGGCCUGCCUGACAGCACAGACAACAAAGACCUCAGAACAGAGCAAGAAAGUGCGAAGGAUAUGUCCGGAAGUGAGGUUUCAGCCUCGGGGGAUGCACUGGGGAGCUCAGUCAAGAACAAACACUCUGACACAGAAGAGGACAUGGAGUCUGAGCAGCAGGAGGUGAAGAGACUCAAAUUUGGGAAGGACGAGGAUGAGGAGGAAGAUGAGGAGGAGGAGGAAGAGGAUGAUGAGGAUGAGCAGGAAGUGGAAACGUCAAAGCCUGUCGGCGCCACUGGCCUCUCGAAAGAGGCCAAAGCCAUGGUCCAGGAGGAUGAAGAGGGAGACGGUUUCAAGGACGACGAAGCUUCCAGCAGUUCCACGGCUGUCGAAGACCAAGAGCCAACAAGCAGCACUCAGCCCGAAGCUUGUCCAGUCUCAGACCAGUCUCCGGAGAAGACCGAGAGGGAGGUGGCGUGUGGCUCUUUCCAUGAGGGUAAUGACAUGGAUCAGGCGGAGCAGCAGGCGCCCGCAUGCACUGCCAAAAGUCCGGAGACCAGUGGAGACAGCGAGGAGAGCAACAGCGACCCAGUCAGCAGCAGCAGUAGCAGCAGCAAUAGUAGUAGUUGUAGCAUAGACGAAAGUGUCGACGUGGCCCGAGAAGACGUUGCUGCCACUCCCUCCAGCAGUACGAACGAGACCCCCACAGAGAGCGCCAUGGAAAGUGCCAUUAUAGACAUGGAGACCGCUGAGGAGCCCAUGGAGCAGGACUAGACUGAAGCGCCUCUGCAGCCAUGUGACACCACAAACCAGCUUGUCCUUGAAUCCAGCUUGACUGUCACUGGGAAUGAGGAUAACGUCACCUCGCACACAAACACCUCGUCAAGAUUUUGGACGCCCCUCCAGAAUGGCUACCUGGCAUUUAUGUGAGCAAUCAGUAAAAAAAAUUCACGUGGAGUUUUCUUUUUAACUGGAAUAUCUUAUUGAUCUUAUCUUGUCUUUUUAAGUUGUUUUUUAAAGAGGAGUUGGUUUCAGCGGCAUUCUUUCACACCUGGAUUUUGUCUUUUGUGUUAGUUGGGACUUUUUGGAGGAUUGACGACAGGAUGGGUUUGUUGGGUCUCCUUGAAGCCUAGUUGGGUACAAGCGCUACACCCCAGGGGUCAGAGUGGAGCUUUUACCAUCCGUGUUUGUUUGUUUCCGAAGCGCCCUCUGAAGGUGCAGGAGUGGCGCAUUGGCCCGAGCCCGUCUGCCAACACAGCUACCCUGUUGAUCCGCUGGGAUGUAGAGAAUUCUCCUUUUCAAUUCACUUCUCCACUCCUCGGAAAGAUUUCCAGGGUGGUCAUUGAUGCACGACCACUCCCACUUGACCCUGACGUUGCAGAGGUGUCCUGGAAAACGACAUAUUGUAGAUGCAUGAAGCCACCAUAAUUUAUAUGAUCAUUUCACAUCUCUUGGUUAUUUUGACACUUUUUUGUUUUGUUUUGUCUGCCGGUUGUUCUUUCCAAAACCAGCUGUAAGUACAAAGAUGACGUCCGCUUUCUAUGUAUUGUGAUGUCACACGUUUCUUUCACCGACUGAUUUCCGAGCAGUCUCCGGUUGCAGUUCUUGACAUGUUUCUGCAGCUGUACUUUUUGAUAUUUAGGAUUUUAAAUUUCUGUAAAGUAGAUUUUUGUAGAUUGUAAUACAGUAUGUGUUCACUGCCUCUGUGAAACAAUAUGUAAUUGUAUAAUUUCUGUGUAUACUCUGAAUGCUUUUGCUUUCAAAUGGGGUAUUCAGAAACGGCAAUAAAUGUUCAAAUUUU